AUCGUUUCGGUUUCGGCCAGUUUUGUUUAUGGCCAACAAGCAGUUUCAAGUCAGCAGGCAAGCCCAAAGGUUUGCCCACUAAAAAGAGCUACCUUUUUCCGUUAAACCAAAAACCAGUGCACUUUGACCCCGGACGCAAUGGGCAACAAAAGCGGGGAAGUGCUGCUCGUAACCGGCGGCAGUGGAUUUCUGGGUCAGCACCUCAUCAAGCAAUUGCUGGAGCGGAAGGAGGAGCUGGGCAUCAAAGAGAUCCGGUCAUUGGAUAUAGUGCCCUACAAGAACAACAUCGGUCAUGAGGAGACACCCCUACUGCGCACCUAUGUGGCCGAUAUUGGGGGCGAUCGGGAGGCACUCAGUCCCAUCUUCAAGGGAGUGGACGGGGUCUUCCACUGCGCCGCCUCGGUGAAAAUCGAGUAUCCGCCCAAUUACGAGGAACUGGAGCGCGUGAAUGUGAACGGCACCCUGGCCGUGGUCGACAUGUGCAUCCAAAACAACGUGAAGCGCCUGGUGUACACCAGCUGCACAUCCGUUUGUUUUGUGCCUUUCAAGGGUCGUAGUACCUUCUCGGCGGUGAUUAACUCGACGGAAUCCAAGACAGACACUCCCACGCUGGACAGCUCCACUUUGUGGGAGCAGGAUAAUCAGUUCCUGAUACCCGGAUACGCUUCGAGCAAGCUUAGAGCAGAGAACAUAGUCCUCAACUCGAAUGGAGCUCCUCUGCACAACCAGGAGGAAUACCUGGCUACCAGCGCCAUUCGAGCCCCUUUGACCUAUGGCGAGUGUGACUCGCACUUCAUCACGGAGAUCUUCGACUACCUUUCCACGAGGGGUUGGGUUUUCCCAAGGAUCGCGGGGGUGGGAGGAAAGCAGCAGUUGGUCUACGCCGGGAAUGUGGCCUGGGGACACAUCUGCGCCUAUAAGGCCCUCAAAGUGUCCGAUAAAGCGGUGAAUGGACUUCCCGUCUUUGUCACCGACGAUACGGGCAUCAAUGAUGUCUCCCGUUUCGUCCAGAAGAUGGCGGUACUGGGCGAGCGGUUCAAGGUGAAGACCAGCUGGUGGUACGUGCCGCACUUCCUGUUCUUCUUCCUGGCCUUCCUGCUGGAGGUGGUGGUGCGGGUGGCGUAUCCCUACACCAAGUACCGCCUGCGGUACUCCCUGCGCGCCAUCGCCUCCUACGCGUCCUCGAUGCUGAUGUACAAUCGACUAAGAGCCUCCAUCCACAUGGACUACACGCCACUCUUCGAUCCGGAUGCGAGUGCCGAGCGGAGCGCGAAGUGGUAUGCCACGUGGUGGGACCAACGGCAGCAGGCCCAGAAGCUCAAGAAGUCCAGCUGAGUGGGGCUAAUCCCCUAUUGCGAUAGUAUACUCCUCGAUAUCCUGAGUGGAUUUAAGUUUGCUGCCCUCCUUGAAUCCUGUAAAUAUCUUGUUAAAUAAAUUGGUUGUUGUUUA